CCAAAUAAGAUAUUUAGUUUUUUUUUAUUAGAUAUUUAUUGAUAAAAAUGUCUUCCAUCUGCCGCUUGUAGACCAUGGAUAAGAACGUUGUAGACUCAAAUGGUACACUUCAACUGUUGUAAACCGGUUGUGUAUUUGUCUCAAUAAAGUUGGUUUAAAAAAACUACGUCACGCAUAACAAAUAUGGCGGCGCCCUCUGAGCUGCGGCUGUCAAGAGUGUUGGGAGAGAAGCGUUAAACGUUACAACAACUAAAUUGAUAUUAUCAGAUACUUUAGUUUUAACAGGUGUUGGAGGAAUACAUUUGUUUAACGUCGUGAAAAAUGGGAUUAGAGCGGCUGCUUAGCGGGGCACUGCAGUGUUACUCCAAACAGUUUCGUCUCGUUAAUAUUCAGCAAAAAGUAUUUCAAAAUGCGCCGAUGUCCACACAGACUACAUCGAGCAAGGCCACCAUGGUUAACCGGGUUACAUGUGCAGCUGGUCUGUGGAGGAUUAUCGUCCCCACAAGCCUCCGCGGUGCCUCCGCUCACACACAGCCGGUUGUCCGCCUCUCUUCGUCCGCCCAGCCCUUAAGAGAUGUCACCUUGUUCCAGCACGACAGGACCCGCUUCUUCCGGCUCCUCUCGACCUUCUGCGGCGCCCAGUUACUUUUCUGGACGUACAUGGGCUACUUCGCUUUCACCGGGCUCAGAGACACAGGGGGUAAGGGCAAAGUCAAGCAGCCCAGCACCACAGGACUGGCCGGAAUGUGGAGCUUCGAGAUGAACCUGGGCUCCAAAACCUGGAGGUACGGCUUCACGGUGGGCUGCGUGGCAAUAGGAGCAUGGAUUGUCGGGCUCGGGGCGCUGUUCUGCAGGCGCUCCGUCAGCAAAGUGGUGUUGCACCAAGGGGGGAAGAUGGUGACCGUCUGCACACAGUCCCCUCUGGGACCAGGCCAAGGCCAAACAAUAACAGUCCCACUGUCCCAGGUAGCCUGCUAUGCUCACAGACAGGAGUCCCCCUCAUUCAUCCCGCUCAGGGUCAAAGGACACAAGUUCUACUUCCUUUUGGACAAUGAGGGGACCAUAACCAAUGCUAGGCUGUUUGAUGUCACUGUUGGGGCCUACCGGUCAAUUUAAGCAAAGCAAAACUUUGUUGGACACCUAACGCCACGGAUGUGAUUUAACAUAGCUGCCAAACAAAUGUCAGUUUCUGUUUGAUUGUCUUUUGUCAAUUAAAUCAUAUCUAUGAGAUAAAAUGUGUUAUUUGGAUAUUGAGGAUAAUUUAAAGAAGGAUGUUAAAUUUGAGAUAUAAUUGAAAGUUUUUUUCUAUUUGGAAUCAUUUACGAUGAGCGGUGUUGCGAUAUACUGGUAUUGACGAUGACUGAGAUAUUCAUAAAAAUGAAAUUGAUAUCAAAAUAAUAAUACAAAUGAUAAUAUUAUGCAAAUAAUCCAGCGUCUCAUAAACCAUUUGUUUGUCUUCGGUUUCUUUUUCUCCCCUUCCCUACCCACGCUAUGGUUAGAGACUCGUUCUCCUCCUCCUCCUUACAAUCCUAUUUUGAGUGUAAUUUAUUUGCCAAAAACAAGAAAGCUGAAUUUUACAAGCCUUAUUAUUUAUUAUUAUUUUUAAAAUCCAAAUAGAUAUCCCAGUUAUAUCAUUAUUGUGAAUUAUUUUGGCCAGGAGAAUAGAGAACAGAAAAUCUGAUAGUGACAGCCCUACUAAGAAUAAACAA